AUGACUAUUGAAAGCCGAGCACUAACAUCUGAAAGAACAUCGAACUUUACGCCUAAAAAGUCACAAUCUAAUCGCCAAUUGUUGAAAUAUGCUGGCUACGUGAUAGGUGUCCUGCUAUUCAUAUACCUAUUUGCUUCCAAAAGUGGUGUUGAAAAAUAUUUGGUUGAUAAAGAUGGUGUCAAAUCUGACUCUCUAGAAUAUAAAGAAUUACAACAAGACAUUGAUGAUUUGUACCAUAGCACUGUUGAUUAUUAUGAUUUGGGUGACUCUCAAGGCUCAAGUAAUGGUGCUAUAGAUGGAGAUUAUACUCUAUUAUUGAUUCCAUUGAGAAAUGCUGAGCCAGUCUUACCAUUAAUGUUCAAGCAUAUUAUGAACUUGACAUACCCACAUAACCUCAUAGAUAUUGCAUUUUUAGUUAGUGAUUGUUCAAAAGACGAUCACACUUUAGAAACAUUAUUUGAUUAUUCAGUUGCAUUACAAAAUGGGAACUUAUCAGAAGUGCUCAAGAUCCAAGAAAGUAAACAAGGUUCAGUUUCAGGUACAAGUGAUUUACACUUGAGCUAUAUGGAUCCAGAUUACAUAGAGAAAGUUGAUAAAGCAUUUAGUCCACCAUUUCAUAAAGAUUACAAUAAACCUUUCAACAGUGUCCAAAUUUUCAAAAAAGAUUUCGGACAAGUCAUUGGACAAGGGUUCACCGAUAGACAUGAUGUUAAAGUUCAAGGUAUUAGACGUAAACUUAUGGGUAGAGCUAGAAAUUGGUUAACAGCCAAUGCAUUGAAACCUUACCACUCAUGGGUUUAUUGGAGAGAUGUCGACAUUGAAUUGAUGCCUGGUUCCAUUAUCCAAGAUUUGAUGAAAUUUAACUUUGACGUUAUAGUUCCUAAUGUUUGGAGACCAUUACCAGAAUUCUUGGGCAAUGAACAAGCUUAUGAUCUAAAUUCAUGGAUUGAGUCCGAGCAAGGUUUGGAAUUGGCAAAGAAUUUGAACGAAGAUGAUGUUAUUGUUGAAGGUUAUGCAGAAUAUCCAACAUGGAGGGUUCAUUUAGGUUAUAUCAGAAAUCCAAACGGUAACCCAGAUGAGGUUGUCGGUAUGGAUGGUGUUGGUGGUGUUUCUAUCUUGGCUAAGGCUAAAGUUUUCAGAAGAGGUGUCCAUUUCCCUGCAUUCACUUUCCAAAACCAUGCAGAAACUGAGGCAUUUGGUAAAAUGGCUAAAACGAUGGGGUUCAGUGUUGGUGGGUUACCACAUUAUACAAUUUGGCAUAUUUAUGAGCCAAGUGAAGAUGAUUUACAAGAGAUUGCAAGAAAAGAACGUAAGAAGAGACGUCAAAGUGAAGGAAAGGAUAAAUUAUCGGAAAAGACUCAGAAGAAGCUACAAAAAGAUACCUAA